AUGCGCCAUGAACUCAUCAGGUUCCGUAAUGAUGCAAUCAUGACCGCCACAUCUUGUCUGAGGGAGUUCAUCAACAUGAGCUGGGACGAGCAGCCGCGAAUAUACGACAACUCAACCGCCGCUCGCGACCCGCCCUACGAACGCGACCCGCAACACGGCACCGAUGCCGAUGUCCUCGAGCGUAUGAAGAUCCGUGAGAUAUGCGAGGGAUGGGGUACAUACCGCGAUACCGCUGAAUGGGAGAACUACGCCUCUAUGUUCCAACCCGAAGCCAUCAUCGAGAUAUCCUGGAUCCAAUGCCGCAUCGGCGACUUCAUCGAAAAGUCCAAAGAAGGCUUCGCCAAACAAACACCCCACGGUCCCUUCCCCUAUAUCCUGCACCGCAUCAACGGGCAAACUAUUGACCUCCAACGUACGCGCGCCGUCUCCAAGAUGAAAGUCACUAUUGAAUCGCGGCUCAACAUCGACGAGGUUGAAGUCGACAACGAGGCCGACUGCCGCUUUUUCUUCCUGUGGGCCCGAGAGGGAUAUUUUGUAUGCGAAGUGUAAAGAUUGGCUGGAAGGGAGGGAGGUUAGGCCUAAUUUGACUGGGCAUAAUGUUGUGGAGUAUUGAUGGGGAUCGAGAUAGGGGGUGUUCAGCUGACAUCGGCUGUAUAAUGUAUCUGUCCAAUUACUCCAUCGAGCGCUACUAGUCAUCCUCUGCCCAAGGAUCUCGUGGACCAGUGUACUUGUGCAUUUGCGUCGUCGCUUUCCCGCUCUAGAAAGCUCGCCACAUAGGCCCCUUUACACGCAUCAGUCUUAAUAGUAUAUCUACACCGUCCACUCGCGCAGGCAGAG